AUGUCGGGGGUGUGGGUUUUCAGCAAUGGUGUUGUCCGUCUGGUGGAGAAUCCUGGUGAGUAUCAAGGUUCUAGUUCUCGUCGCAAAGUGCUCGUCCAUCUGGCAAGUAAUGAAGUCAUAACAUCGUAUUCUGUCCUCGAGAGCAAGCUGCAAUCUCUGGGAUGGGAGAGAUACUAUGAUGAUCCUGACCUCCUUCAGUUCCAUAAGAGAUCAACUAUUGACCUCAUCUCUCUUCCCAAGGACUUUAGAAAGUUCAAGUCCAUGCAUAUGUAUGAUAUUGUCGUCAAGAAUCGUGAUGAGUUUGAAGUUAGGGACAUGCAAUAA